AUGUCCGACGUUAAUAUUAGCUCUACCUUUAGAACGACCCUGGUCGAGUUAUGCGGUAUAUAUACCAUUAAAAACACCCUUAUCUACCUUCAUGUAAACAAGUAUAAAGAACUAACAAGAAAAAAUUCAACAUUCAUUGAUAAAGAAACUGCAACGUGGAUAACAUCCCAGGUCUUUGCUGCUAAAAAUUUGGAGAAAAACGAUCUAACCAUAAUAGACAAUAAAAUAAAUGCAUUGUAUCCCAUCAGCGAAAAGUAUGAUAGGUCUUUUAGAACCACUACCGUUAUCUUAGACGAAGAACUUAUCUUGAAACUGGAGAAUUCGGCAUCCAGUCUAUGGAAUUCCUUGACUAUUGCCAUGAAAGCUGAAAAAACAUUGGAUGAAUACUUCAAGGAAGUCUUUUGUAAAUGUAAAAUAUUUGCAACUAAGCUUCUAUCCGUUCAUGAAGCUUUGUUUCAGACAAAUACCAACCUUCUAAGGACCUUUAAGUGUUACGUUAACUCCUUCAAAACUGUUAGUGAAUAUAAUUUCAAAGAUCUAUUAAGGAACAUACAGCAACAUACAGAAAAAUAUUUACAAAUAAUCAAUGAAAAGACUGAGAAGUUUUCCCACGAGGAGAAAGUAGAGUUCAAAAAACUCAAUUUUGAAUUCUAUUUGGUAAAUUUCCAAAUUUGCCUUACAGAAAAUGACUUGGAUACCGCCAAGAUUUACACCUCAAAGGUAAAUAUCACUGACAACUCUAAAUACAUGGACGCAGAUUUGCUGAUCGAAUUGUGCAGAAUGAUCUACAAUGCUACAGUUCUGUUGAAAGAAAGUGAUGUCUCUGGGACUCAGCAAAUAGAUAAAAAUAUUGUCUAUUUUUUAAAGGAUGUGGAGAAGUACUUAGAGCUGCCUGUGGAAAACUUGAAAGCCCAUACUGACUAUAGUAAUUUGAGAUACUCAGUUUUGAUAUUCAUGACUAAUUGCUUGAUUGGAGAAUACCCACAAACUUCAGAAUUCGAAGAAUGUGACCAUUAUUUAAGUCUUUUACAAAACGAAUAUCCGAACAAAGUGGACCCUUUCAUAUUAGCAAUUAAACUGAUUAAUCGAAAAGAGAUUACAAAUCCGGCAGAAACUAUCGAAGAAAUUUUAAUGCGGAUGAUAAUGUCAGUGGAUGUCACGUUAAAUUUUCAAACAGUUAUGGCUUCGAUCAAUGAUCUUUCAAAAAUUGACACUAAGCUGUCUAUAGUGUGCCUUGAUUAUUUGCUAGUCAAUAAGCUGCAUUCUAAAAAUGAUACGAAAUUAUUAGAAAAAGCCAUAUGUUCUAGAUUUUUGAUUACGACGCAAUCUAAAACAAUGAAAGAUUCAGAAAUAGCAGAAAGCUUAGAUGAUUUUUGUACCCAAAUUGAAAGAAUGGUAUCAGAGCCUCUUUCUAAACAUACCAUCUCUUGUAUAAUAACUUUAUUAUGGAAUACAGGGAAAAAAUUAGAGAAGAUGGAGAACUACGUUGAGUCAAUUAAAUUUUACAAAUUAGCUCUCAAAGAUAUUAUAAGCCAAAACUAUUCGGAUAGAGGGAAAGUUCAAAGAGCUCUACAAGCUGUAUAUAACAAAAUUCACGAUUAUUCUAGCACACUUAAAAUUUACCAACAUAUGGAUGAAGAGGACAAAGAAUCUCCAUUGUGCCAACUUCUAAUACUGCAAUUUUUCUUAGCAAAUGAUAACGUGGACGAGGCGCUUAUGUGUCUUCAGAAGAUAAAGUUAUCUGAAGACGAAAAAAGUACAAAUGCUCUUAUACUAGCUGUAGCCGAGUGUAAAAGAAAAACAGAUUUGUCAGUUCAAGGUCUUCUCAUGCUUUUUGAGAAGUUACAGUCGAAGAAUAGUCCGCAAAACAUAUCAACUACAUCAAAUUCUCAAACAUUAAGUCUCCUAAGAUACACUUUACAGAUGAUUGUUAAGGUUUCGGAAGAGGAAUCCAUAGAAACGUUUAUUAAUUAUUUGCCGACAGUAGAAAAACUCUUACUAAAGGCAGUCGAAUUCCUUAAAACAGUUAAACUACUGAAAGAAUUACCGUCAGACGUAGAGAAAGAUGCAAUUUAUCAACAGUCCGUGACUAUAAAUGAAAUAGAAUGGUUUGCCUCGUUCUCAUAUAAUGUCGCCGUGAAAUGUUUAACUGAUGAGUUGUGUGACUCUGUUUCUCAAUUCCCCCAAUUUUGUAUCCAGUUUAUUGAUCUCAUACCAAUUCAAGAUUUUACUUUCCCAAAAAUGUAUCACUUUACAUAUUGGAAAUUUAAAUCUCUAAUUUUACAGUUAGUAAUAGCCAAAGAAGAAAUUGUCAAUGACUGCCACUCAAAGCAUCAGGACAUAUAUGAAAGAUCUGGUGAAUUGGUCGACAACAUAAACUCUAUGAAGAAAAGUUCAGAAUUCAAAGAUGGGUCUUCUUCGGAAGAUACUAAAACAAUAAAUGAAUGUUUUUUGGAAGCACUAACAAUACAUUUGGAAAGCGCUUUGAUAACGAGUGAUCAAAAUAAAAUUUUGGACAUAUUAAAGAAAACAGAGUUUUACCGUGAUAGCCACGUAGAUGCAUUAUUGGUUGAUAUCUCGUCAAAUAUGGAAGAUUUACCAAGGGGACUUCUUGUGGAAGUAAUUGAAACUGUCCUAGGUAGAAAUAUAGGCUGUACUGAAAUAAAGGAACAAGAGCUUUGUCUCUGGCUACAAAUUUUAUUGGAAAAUGCAAUCAAUCUUAAUCAUGAAGUCGACCUUCGUAUAUUAGAAAGGGUUUUAAAGACUUUGGUUGCAAACCAAUCAAGCUUUCAAGAUCCAGAUGGCAUUCUUCAGACAGAAAUAGAAACCAUAGCUACCUAUUGUUGGAACAUCGGUGUCAACUGUAUAAUUAAGGAAAAUAAAGGUAAAGGAAUUGCUUGGUGUAAACACUCAAUGGGAUAUGCAAACUUGGUCAACAAGGGUUUGCAGGAGCAGUUAUACUCAUUAUGGGGGUCUUUAGCAAGCUCCGCCAAUAUUGACAUAAAUAGUGCCGUUAACGAGACGCAUUUACCCAUUUAG